AUGCAGCACUGCGAUCACAGUCACGACCACAGUCACGACCACAGUCACGACCACAGUCAAGACCACAGUCACGACCCUGACUCUAACCACGAUCAUAGCCAUGAGGUUGAAGAUGCAGACGGAGUUUCCCUCUUUCCCUUCAUCGACACCAGCAAACUUCGGGUGCUCAAUGCGCUGGACCCACGGGCUGUAUCUCACCCGUUCAAGCCUUUAAACGAGCGUCAAGACCACUCCCGGUUUUUGGCUAGCAACGAAGACGACCCAGAGCUGAUUUUGUUUAUUCCAUUCACAGAAUCUGUCAACAUUAAGUCCAUUUGUAUCUCGGGUUGCGCUGGCGACGGCACUCACCCUAAAGAAGUUAAAAUAUUCACAAAUCGAGACGAUAUCGAUUUUUCUAAUGCAAACGAGCUGCUGGCACAACAGAAAUUAGAUCUGGUUGAGGACGACAGAGCCAAUAUUAAUUAUCCGCUUCAAUUACGCAAAUUUCAAGGUGUAAGCAGUUUAACACUCUUCAUUCAAAGCAGCUUUGGAGGCGACAAAACCAAAAUCUAUUAUGUCGGCAUCACUGGCGAAAAUAAAAAAUGGCGUCAUGGCAUAGUCGAGUGCGUUUACGAAGCACGUCCUCAGCCGGCUGACCACAAACUUAAGGACACGAUCGGACCGACGUCGCUCACUUAG